ACUGUGAUUCGCUCCUUUCUGGAUAUUCACCCAUCCUGGUUCCAAACAAAUUACCGUUCUUGGCGAAAUCCCGGCUCCUUUAUCUCCCCUGCAGACUUGGACAACGAACUUUUUUGUAUAUAUCCUCAACGCCCCUCGAUGCAGAAUUAGAGCUUCCUACGACCUUUCGCAACCUGUAGGGCAUCUUAUGACCUAUUAAAUCUACACACGCGCCGCCUUGUCUCACGUCCUCGAACCGCCAAGAUGCGUAAAGGGACUAUUGUCUUUCUGGUCGUCAAUUUCUGCAUCAUAGGGCUGCUAGUGAAUGCCUUCAGCACUCUCAUCGGUCUCCUCUUCGAAGAUGGAGCUGCAGACGCCAUUACUCGUGCUGAGAUCCCGGCGCCAGGCUCUGAUCUUAUCGAGAACCGUACACAGAUGAUACCGAAGAUCAUUCAUCAAACCUACAUAAAUGCCUCUAUCCCAGCACAGUGGAAGCCUGGACAGCAGUCUUGCAUUGACCUUCAUGAUGAUUACGAAUACAAGCUCUGGACCGACGACAAAUCUCGCGAGUUCAUCGAAGCAGAAUACCCUUGGUUCCUCACAACCUUCGACUCCUAUCCCUUCCCCAUCCAACGCGCCGAUGCGAUCCGCUACUUCGUCCUCCAUUUCUACGGCGGAAUAUACAUUGAUCUCGACGAUGGCUGCAAUCGUCGCCUCGACCCCCUCCUUUCCUACCCUGCAUGGGUUCGUCGUACCGUCCCCACAGGCAUCAGCAACGACGCCAUGGGCUCUAUCCCCCAACACCCCUUCUUCAACACCGUGAUCGAUUCCCUCGCUGGCUACAACAGGAAUUGGUUCAUGCCAUACAUCACCGUGAUGUACAGCACCGGGCCUCUCUUCUUGAGCGUUAUCUGGAAGGAGUACCUGCGUGUUGAUAGGCCACCUAUGGAACAUGUUAGGAUUCUGAUGCCAGACGAGUAUAAGGGCUUCGCGUGGAGUUUCUUCAAUAUCGUGAAGGGGAGCAGUUGGCAUGGAAAAGACGCACAGACGAUCUUCUGGAUGGGCAAACACUGGUUACUGCUCACUGUCUCCGGGUUUGCGAUUGCGGGUGUAGUGGGAGCUUGUCUCUGGAGUCUCUGGAAUAUGUGGGUGAUGAAGGGGAAGAGGUCUAGUCCAGGCAGAAAGAGAAUGGGGUUGUGGAGAAGAAUAAGUGGUGGGAAGGAGAGAUACGAGCUGCUUGAUCGAAUGGCUUAAGCAGAC